GCUUUUUUCGUUUUCUAUAAACAAUGACACAAAACAAAACAACCUACUAGCAAGCUCAUAGAAACAAGCAAACAUUGACAAAGACACAAAAGCCAGACCAUGAGAAUGAGGAUCACACCCACAUUGAUAUCCGGCGGCAAGAAAGAGGUGCCCAAGAAUAUUGAGACUGACAAGCAAGCACUAGACGAAGCUGCAGCGUUGCAAGCCAAGAGCAAAGAAGCGGCCAAACGGAUGCAACAAAAGCUCCACGAGACAGAAGAAAUGGGAGCCAUGACACUGGAGGAUCUGUAUGAGCGUCGAAGACAGUUGGAAUCAAUUGAGCAAGAAGGAAAUCGUCUGGAUGAGACACUGGAGGAAACCCAAGAACUGCACAAAAAGCUGGGAGGACUCUUUUCUGUGUUCCAACGAGCUCUGCCCAAUGUGGGAGGCAAAGGCGCCGCUUCUCUACCCGAUGAACCCAACACCAUCUUUAAAAAGGGCAAAGAUACUACUAGUGCCAAUGCUGAGGGCAGCAAGAAACGAUGGAAACUCCGUGUCACCAAGAAGAAGAACAAAGACAAAAAUCAAAAGCUACAGUCUAGCAUUAUGCCUGAUGACCCCGCUUUGAUCCCCUCGGAACAUGCGGAUCAAAUGAGGACUCUGGAAAAGGGUGACAACGAGCUUGACGAUGAACUGGACGAGAUUGGGAUGCAACUGGACAACAUGAUGCGCAUGGCCCAGGAAAUUGGCGCGGAAUCUCACGAUCAAGGAAAACAGAUCCGCAAGGUCCGACACCAACUGGCGGGGACAGAGAUACGACAACAGGCAGUCAAUGAAAAGGCUCGCAGGAUGCUGCAAGAAGGACCAGCAGAUAAGGGAGACAGUGGAGGCAAAAUGUUUAGCUUUACUCCCUGGUAGCCUGCCUUCUAUUAAUACAAGCAAAUAAAACAUUCCCAUAGUAGGGACGCCAGCCAAUAAUGUAACAACACUAGU